AUGGAAAUGGACACGCGCUCCGAGCGAUCGGCGACGCACACYCGCUACAGCACUCCCGAACCCGACUUGGAUGACCACCGCUUUCAACCCGAGAGUCUGCCCCCAGUCAUCACCAACACUAACAAUCAUGACUCAUACCAACAAGGCCGACGAGGGACUCUGGCCAGCAUCGUCGAUGGAGAUCGCCCCGUCAUUCCCCGGCUCCAAGUCCCCCAGCCCGACCAACAUGGCUCCAUUGUGAGGGACUUUGAGCAAGCCAUUGUCGACGAUGACAAGAGCGUCAAGAGCAACAGAUCCGACAGAUCUCSAAAUGCCGACCUCGAAUGGCACCGGGAGAGACGAGGUCAAGGACAUGGGUCUAACAGUCCCGCCGUCCCCAGACGCUCCGUCUUUCGUCGUGAUCAACAGGAAGACAAUGCUUCCAUCCGCUCCGAUCGAUCCCACCGAUCGACCUCCCCUCCCAACUCGGUCGAUGCCUUUGCGCCUGCUAAGCGAGGACGCUCUGGUACCGUCAACAGCAGGGUCGUCUCCGAUCGUGGUUCCAUUCAUCGUACCAUCUCCAAUGCCGGAACACACCCACGUCGUCGUCCCACGUUUGGAGAGGAGAAUGCGCCGGGGAUGAAAUCGGAUGUGGCCUCCAUCCGAAGCUCCGUCGCCGAAGACGUGUGCUUCCCACCGGAGGAACCUCCCAACACCUACACCAUCGACUUUGAGGAUUUGGAGGAGUUUGUCUCUCAAACUCACACCAAGACGCCCGUCUCGCACCCUUUCUUGCCUGUAGCGGCGCAGAAGAAGGAUGUCACACCCCGUGUCUUCAAGGAUCAGCGAAAGUCCAAGGAGAACGGAAGCGACAGUGGUCCUUCAGACUACUUUGAUGAUGUGGAGAAGUUCGCGGCUGCUGCAGAGGGAAACAAGGACAAGGAGGACGAUGCGGUUAUUGAGGAGAACCGAUCCGCCGAAACUCGCGCUCCCACCAUCAUGGAGCAAAUCAACCGCUGGACUUUCUUCUCGUCGGAAAUUGAUGAGACGAUCCAUGCACCAGAAUUGGGUGGUCUCCUCAUGCCAGGAGAGACGUUUCGUGACAUUUUCGAACUCGGACCAGAAGGAGGUGUCUGGUGGUUGGACAUGCUCAACCCAUCUGAAGAGGAGAUUUCCACCAUUUGCAGCGCUUUCCGAGUCCAUCCUUUGACUCGAGAGGACAUCACCACACAGGAGACGCGCGAAAAGGUGGAGCUCUUCAAGAGUUACUACUUCCUCUGCUUCCGCAGCUUCUAUGCUGYCGACAAGAAUAGUGAAGACUACCUCGAGCCCAUCAACAUCUACGCCGUGGUAUUCCGCGAGGGAUUGCUGACCUUUUCCUUCUGCCAAAACACCCAUGCCGCCACGGUGCGACGACGUAUCGGUCGUCUCCGUGAUUACGUCAAUCUCUCCGCAGACUGGGUCUGUUACGCCCUAAUCGAUGAAAUCGUCGAUUCCUUUGGCCCCGUCCUUUCCGAACUCGAGCGGGAGAGUGACACCAUCGAAGACUCCGUCUUUACAGCCCGCUUUGAGGAUUCCCGCGCUAUGCUGAAGCAAAUCGGCGAGUGCCGCAAGAAGAUUAUGGCCCUCACCAGAUUAUUGGGAGGUAAAGCUGACGUCAUCAAAUCCUUUGCAAAGAAAUGCAAUGAAGCGUAUGCAGUUGCACCGCGCGGAGACGUGGGCUUGUACUUGUCCGAUGUGCAAGAUCACAUCGUCACGAUGAUGUCCAAUCUCGGGCAUUUCGAGAAGAUGUUGUCGCGGAGUCACACGAAUCAUCUCACGCAAAUCACCUUGCAGCACACGGAACAAGGUAGUCGGGCCAACGAGUUGUUGGGCAAAAUCACCGUUAUCGCGACCAUUCUGGUGCCGAUGAAUCUGGUGGCGGGAUUGUUUGGCAUGAAUGUUCCCGUUCCUGGCGCCGGGAGUGGGGGACUCGGGUGGUGGUUUGGAAUUGUCGGGGUGGUGUUUAGUAUCGCUGUCGUUGCGGUCACGUUGGCGAAGAGGCUGAAGUAUAUUUAG